GUUGGCAGAAUGCACCAGCACUUUGUCAGGCCUGCGCCGAAAGCUGGGAAUGCGCCAAUCCGGAUCUGUCCAUCCGCAAGAUCUCGGCUGCUGACCUCCCUGACUUGCUGCCGGAGCUUUCCAUGUGGCCCCGGUUGUGGGAGCUGCCCCCGGCCCAGCGUUCGGACCUCGUGCGUUUGGCACUUCUGGAGAAGUUUGGUGGCGUUUGGGCUGACGCCACGCUCUUCUGCACGGCUCCGGUCAUGCCGUGGCUUCAGGCACUGAAGACUCGCUCCGAUAAUGCUGCGAAGGACUUCUUUUUCGUAUUCGACCGGUCCGACUCCAACACCUGGGCCCAUGAUCCCUUCUUGAAGUACAAGCUCAUGAUCAGCAACUGGUUCUUUGCCAGCACUGCCAAGCAUCCACUUGUUGCACAGCUGUUCUCGACCAUGCGCGAGGAGGUGACACGGACGAGUGUCCCAUAUUUCUGCAUGCACAACAUCUUCCGGGCCCUGUUGGAAGACGAGGCAAACCGCAGGCUGUACGAUCAGGUUCCACGCGUAUCAGCCCGUCAUCCGCAUCUCCUUGAGUUCGAGCUCGGCUUCUCUACCUCUGCAGUCGGUGCUGCAAAGGACCUGCUGCGGCAGUCACUGGAGGUCGCGCCGAUGCAGAAGCUCACGCACAAGAUCUUACAG